CGCUCGUUAGCAGUUCCUAGCGCGGUCCCGUUCACACCCCCACCCACCUGGCCCUGGGUAGUUACCCGCCGCCGCGGCAGCCGCCAAGCGCUUACCCGAGCCGAGCUUCGGGGGAACUCCGGCUGAGCCGGACGCGGAACGGGGACGGCCAGGCUCUGGGGACCUGGGCUGCCCCGGCACUAGCGCUCCCCCAGGGCUUUCCCCCCAAACAUCCGCGCUCUCCGCCCCUGGGCUGACGGAGAGGAGGCCGGGUCCGAGGGAAGCGAGGGAGCGCAGAGGAGAGAGCGAGUGGUGAGCUUGGCGCGCAGAGCUCCCGGGGGAAGAACCAGGGAUCACCUUCAAGUGUCGCGUAUCUUUCAUGGCAUAUGCAGCUGGAGUUUACUCGGGGACCCUAAUUUUAUUCAUCACAUGGCUGUUAAUGAAGGCAGAAAUAGAUGUGUGCAAGAAGGGAGUCAUCACCGUGAGUCCCGCCCAGACGGUUCCGCUCGGGGCCACGGUCAAUAUUUCGUGCUUCUUGAAGCCCAAACAAGGCUGUUCUCGCACCUCCGACUUCCAAAAGUUAACCUUCUACCGGAACCGCAUCCGGCUGAGCUCCCUCAAGAGCCACGUGCUCAGCGUCCUGGUCUCGGAUCUCCAGCUCGGAACCACCGUGUUCGUGUGCAAGCUCGCCUGCGGCGGCCGGAGGGAGAGCCAGGUGUGCGGGGCCGACGUCUCUGUGGGCGUGGCUCCAGAACAGCCCCAAAAUCUGUCCUGCAGCCAGUUGGGAGAGCGGGGGCAUGUGAUCUGCACCUGGGAUAAAGGAAGAGACACCCAUCUGUACACCAUAUACACCCUUCAGUUGAUGGGGCCAAACAAUUUAAAUCUGGAGAAGCGCUGUGCUCCGGACCUUGAGGAGUUGGAUCUUGGAAUAAGCCUAAGCCCAGCUUCUCCUGAAGCCAGUUACACAGCCAGAGUUGUGGCAGAGAACAGCCUGGGGAAUUCCUCCUCCCUCCCUUUAGCGUUCUCCUUUGUGGAUGUAGUGAAGCCUCUUCCUCCAAGUGACAUCAAAGCUGACUUUCCCAAGCUGUUGGCCAACUUCUGUACUUUGCAGUGGCAGGAUGAAGGGUCAGUGGUGCUGAAUCGCCUCCAAUUCCGGCCAGUCCAUGAGAGAGCCUGGGAAACGGUUCAUGUCACCAAUGCUGGAGGAAGAUAUGAUCUGUACAACUUGAAACCAUUUACGGAGUAUGAAUUUCAGAUUUCCUCCAAGCUACAUUCUGUCAAGGGAAGAUGGAGUGAUUGGAGUAAAGUACUGAGGAUUCAGACUCCAGAAGAAGAACCUGUUGGAACGUUAGACGUGUGGUACACAGUGGAGGACCUGGAAGGAGACCUACAAAACAUUUCUCUGUUUUGGAAGAACCUGAGUGUGUCUGAAGCAAAGGGAGACAUCCUUGGGUACCAGGUGACUGUCCAGGAGGUGAGCAGGAACAGCUCGGCUGUACCCUCUGCCCUGGAGGACUUUACCCAGCACACUCACUAUUCGGUAGUUGUGCCCCCAGAGGACUAUGCAGUGGCUGUUUCCGCAAAGAACUCCAAAGGAAGGACGUCUCCUACUUGGAUCUUCGUCUCCCGUCAACCCCACCAAGCUCCUCGAAAUGUCAUGGCUCAGUCUCAGGGGACAGACGGCAUCAGGGUGACUUGGGAGCCUCCUGGGGAAGCUGCCGGCUCCGUCAAGGAAUAUUUGGUGGAAUGGAGAGAGCCCAGCCCGGGCCGCAGUGGCGCGUCUCCUCCUGUGGACUGGCUCCGACUCCCCACCCUCAGCACGUCGGCCGUGAUCUCCGAACACGUCAAGCCCCACCAGUGCUAUCAGAUCCGCCUCUGUGCCCUGUGGGGGACCGGAGUGGGCUGCGCCCGCACCUGGGCUGACCUGAGCAGCAGAGAGCCCCUGAGCGGCCCCCUUGUCCACAGUGCCACGGCAGGGAGGGGAGCAGCGUCCCUUACCUGGGCCGAAAUCCCGGCUCAGGAACAAAGGGGCUGCCUCCUGCACUACAGCAUCUACCUGCGGGAAGCGGGCUCUGCCUCUGCCCCACGCAUCUUGGAAAUACCCUAUGAGGUGGCAAACACUUCGAUGGUGAUCAGAGACCUUUCACCCGGAGUCACUUAUGUGUUAUGGAUGACGGCUUCCACGGCUGCAGGAGAGGGUCCCCGAGGGAAUGAGAGGGAACUUUUCCUGGAAGGUGCUUUUCACUGGCACAUCCUGGUGAUGCUGACUGCCGCGGCGCUCGUCACAGUGGGGAUCUUCUCCGUGCCUUGGGCUCGAGCAAAAGUGAAAUCUGUCAUCUCUGCCCUCCAGCCCCACUGGUACAACCAAGAGAUUCCCGACCCAGCAAACAGCAUGUGGGCCAAGAAGCACUGGCUGUUGGAGGAGGAAAUGCAGCUUCAUUUGGACAGUUUUUCUAACAGCCGGACCAGUUCUGAAGAACAUGAAACUCUUGAAAUCAAAGAAGUUCUUCAAAAAGCAGCCCCAACCCUCCAGGAGACAGAAUCCUCUUAUUGGCCAAAAACCCACAAUUUCCACGAGGCAGCCAGAAAAAGUUCGCCUCAGGCUCCAAAACCCAUUGAAAAUGGGGUAGAAUAUGGUGUCUCCCACCCUUCAAUACCAGGAUCACACCCGGCUGAGAAGGGCCAAGUGGUCGACCUAUACAAGGCAAUGGGAUAUGCGGGGCCAAAGGCAGAAGACUCAGCCAUCCAGCUUCGGGACAUCCCAGUGGACUACUUGCCUGCCAACAUAGAUUACCUGCCUUCAAACCUGGAUUACCUGCCUUCCAUCACUGCGGACCCUCUAGAAGACAGUGAACUGCAUGGUCUGUCUUUCUCUGUCUUCCCAAAGGGCUCUUUCCCCCCCCUCAUCUGUGGAGACAAGCUGACUUUGGACAGAGUGAAGAUUGACUCUGGGCCCAUUAUUCACUAACUGGCCCUCUACCCCAGACUUCCCUGGAUGCUGCAUCCUGGGGCCUUGAACAGAACAGCCGAUUCUCCCAGGGGGACGGCUCAGCACCCAAACCAGGGCAGGGGGCUUUCCCAGCUGGACACCACCCAACAUUUCACCUCCAGAGUUUGCAGAAGGUACCAAUUCUUUUUAAAU